AUGACGACGACCUCGCCCACAUCGUUCCAGCGGACGUACUUGCGCAUUGUAGUGUACUGCGACGAUUCGCAGGAGCCGCACACCUUACCGGAUGUGCGUGUGCCGCGGAGCAUCGGCGAGGUGCAGCGACUCGUGGAGGACCGUGUAGGACAGCGCGCAAAGGUACUUUCCUACUGGAAUUACACACACAGUCGCUACGAGCUCCUGAAGGAUGUGCGCGAACUACUGCAGACAGGCGGGCAUCUGCUUUCGCAGCGGUUACACACCUCAGAGAAUGAGGCCACGGAGACGGCAGAGGCGGAUGGGACGACGAACACGGACGGCGGAGCCACCUCCGCCAGCGAGCUGGACGCCAACCAUUCAAAGCUCUGCAUCUAUCGCUGCCAGCUGUGGAUGGAGGCAACACUGAUUCAGCUGGAGCCGCUGGAUAAACGGCGCGACAAGAUCGAGUACGAUGAGCUGUGCAGUCACGUUGCUUGCUGGCUGGGCAACAAGCAUGUCAGCUUCGAAGUGCAGGAUGCGAUGCGCAUUCGUUGCCCUUUCCUGACUCGCAUGUUUGACGAGACGCGAAGCAGACGGCUGUCAGCCAAUCAGGACAAGGUGCAGCUGCUCUACUACAGUAACAACGCGUGGGGCGUGCGCGACGUGCUGCAGUAUGGAUUCCUGCUCAGCAACGGCGUCCCUCAGUCGCUGGAAGCCAUGCUGCAGUCCUGCGGCGACUCGGACGUGUCAAGCGGUACUGAGUCGCGGUCGAGCAAUCCUGUGCCACAUGUCGGGGAUAGUGCUUCGGCGAGGACCUCUCCGUCGUCCGCGCCGCUAACCGCGGCGAACACGCGACGCAUGCCUUUUGUUUUCACCUCCUCGAUGCUUGGCGCGCAUGUAAAGUAUUUGCCACCCAACACCGCGUCUCAGAAGGUGCUGCUGUGCGAAGUUGCACCUGGCCGCCGUUUCAUGACUGACCAAGGCCUCACUGGCGAGAGCCCCGACAAGCAGGCCUACCCCACCCCUCCUGUGAAGCCACCACGCGACUACGACAGUAUCUGCUACAUGCGGGCGCACAAGCAGAAGUCCAGCCUGCGCACCGAGGGCGCCGUUGAAAUCGCCGCAGAAGACCUCUCCCUUGUGCAGGUGCAGGUGCAGCACAGCUACCAGGCACUGCCCCGCUAUCUACUGACGGUGGUCCCCUCCGCCGCCACCCCGUCGUCACAGCAGCCCCGCAAGAGCAGGCGGUAUGCCAUAACCAGCCCGGUCCGGGCACCAGGGAUGACAGCACAUUCCGCGGCAGCGAGGGAGGACGAGAAGAGGAUGAACCGUGCGGGAAGGGUCCCACCGCCGCUGCCGUCCCCAUCGUCCCCAUCGUCCCCAUCGUCCCCGUCUUCCCCGUCCAAGACCUACAACAUGAAGGAGUGGUUCAAGUCCAGCCCGAGGCGGGGCCCAGUGUCGGGGGACAAGGGCGCGAAUGCGAAGCGGGCCACCUCCCCGCAUAGCACCAGCGGUGUCUUCAGGGGAGUGCGCUACGCAGACAGCACAGCACCCCGUCAACGAGCUGCCUCAGCCACCACGCCGGGCCGCUGUGAGUCUUCCAAACAGCACCGUGCCGCGCGGGGAACCCGGGUCGAGUGCGACGAGGACAACACCGUGUAUCACGGCGGUGACGGACUGAUUGAGCCCUGGACGCUAGACUCCAUGCCUGCAAGAGGCACAUGGACUGCAGGGAGCAGUGGCCUGGUGACAAGCUCGCCGUGGACGUCAGAGGUGUACUCAGCCGGCAACGGCGGCCUUCGCAGCGCUUCGCCCAGCAAAUGUGUCUCUUGCGACGGUGUUCGUGCCACUUCGGCACCCCGCGCACCACCGACGUGGCACCUGUCGCCACUUAGUCCAUCCGCCGCCCAAGUCUCGCCGAGCAUGAAUUCGGCGUGGGCGACUGGCGGCAUGGUGCUGCCUCCGUCGCUCCAGGACGCCUACAAUGCGCACUCGAGUCGCGACGGGCUGCUCUACGAAAGCCUGCCCUGUGGUCACAGCGCCACGAGCCACGACGCAGCAUAUCGGCUAGUACCUGCUGCCGCGGGCAGAAGCGCUGGUAGGAGAGCCGCAAGCGCUGGCGCGCCACUGGCAGCUGUCCAUUAUGGCGCCCCCUCACGUCCUCCCCUUCUACCGCACGAGGGCGCGUGCGUUGGCGGCGCGAUGGGCGGCGGGGGCAUCGUUGGCCCGACGCUGAAGACAGUGCCGCCCGCCUCGUCCACAGUCCCAUUUUCACAGCGGCAGGCGCCACCGGCAGUCUUGGAUCAGUUUACCUGCAACGUUCAUCCCCGCCAGCUCAAGUCGCUCUACUGCAUAGCGUGCGAGGAGCUGACGUGCCCGUACUGCGCCAGCGUUGGGGCGCAUCGUUCUCACGUGGUGGUGGAGGCAGCGAAACGAGCAACAGCUGUGUGUGCUAAGGCGGAGGCACUGCAGGAGGCUCUGCGCCACUGGCUGUCCCAGUGCAAGCAAACGGAGGAGCAGCUGAGGGCAGAGCAGGCCCGCUACGCUGCGCGGCAGCAGCGAGAUCUGCGCUUCGUCCAGCAACAGUUCUCGACACUCAAUCAGGCGCUUCAGCAGGCGGAGUGCUCCAUGACGCAGACGGUGCAGGAGGCGCAGCGCAGGCUGCCCCUCGCCGAGGCUGCCGCCGUGGUCACCAAGUACACGCAAGCGCUCGCCGCUCUAGACGUGGCGUUGCGUCGUUAUUACAACACAGUAGCUGCCAGCGGUAGUGGGCCGUGCACAGAGCGCGCUUGCGAUCCCACGAGCAGCUUGCUUGAGUUGUUGCACUUCCUUCGCACGACCCCGUCGUUGAUUCGCCGCGUGCGACGCAGUUUUGGUCGGCGCCAGGACGAGGAGAAGCGUCUGCGUGACGCCAUCGCGGACUGCGAGGCUCAGGUGCAGACGAAUGAGACAUGCUUUCAACAGGUUAACUGGGCAGGCCUGCGUCGGCUGCUUGCGAGCAUCGGCAACGUCCGCACCAAUAUACUCAACGUAGCAGAGCCGCAGCUGUCUACCUCGGUGGGGCCAUUUCACAGUAGCAGGGCCGCGUCUCCGUCACUGUACGAGGCCACCGCCCUCUUUAUGCCUGGUGCAGCGCAAAGCCGGCCAAACUCUGCCAAGGUGCGAGCGCACACUCAGACGCCGAUGGUACUCUCGUCACCGCACCCUGACCCCGGCAGCGACGUAUCGCAGCGGCUGUUGGACAGUCUACCUCUCGGUACCCUUAUGCAAAGCGAAAACGGUGCCGCCACAUCGCCGCCGACGCGGCAGAAUCUCGGCCUGCACCGCUGUCUGAGGGACCUCCAGAGAGGCUACAUUUGGGUCAUCCAGAGUGCCAGGUCUUACUUCGCACCUGGGCAACGGAGGACAGUCUGCUCCACACCAUUCCGCCUGCUCGAUGUAUCGUGGGAGCUGCGCGUUGCCCCGCUCCCGCGAGCGCGUUGCCCCGACGGCAGCGCGUCCUCCACGCCGAUGGUGGAGGCGGGGAUCAGCGGCGGCGUGAUGGACACCGCAGCUUCUAGGUUGACACCACCCAGUGUGAUGGAGGGUGGCGGCAGGGGGCUCAGCGGUGGCCAGGCGCACACCUCACGCCUUCUCACGCGCUCCACGCAGGAGCACCACUACACGUUCGCGGCAGAGGACGUCGACGACACCGUCGUAACGGCCGCGCCCUCGUCCGACGAGGGAGAGGAGGAGUGGCUUGGCCUCUUUCUCUUUCCCUUGCAACACCGUCUGCGCGUAGACUUCCGCGUUAUCGCCUUCUCCGAGGUGGCAUGGGCGGAGUGGCAGGUGACGGGGUGGACGGUGCAAUUUGCCGGGAAGGGAUGGGGCCUCUACCCCUUCCUGCAACGCAGAGAGCUGAUGCGGACCGACAAGCUGGUGCGCGAUAACAUGGUGAAGAUUUGCAUAGCCCCCAUUAGCGACCUGUAUUAG